CGACUGCCGUUCCCCUCCUCCCUGGAGCCGCAACCCACGCCCUGGACCAGCCGCCCAGAUCAUGCCGCCGCAGCUGGUGGGGGGCACCAUCUGGACGGGGAUGGUUCCCCAGGAGGAGAUCCUCCCCUGCCUCCGAGGCCUGCCUGCUCCCCUCAAAAGCUUCGUGCCAACAGAGAGGUUCCUGUUUGGACCCAGGAGAGUAGAAAAGAGAUUGGGACUGAGUGCUGAGGUUGGGAAGGCACCUGCUCCCACAGAAGGGGGAACGCAAGGGGCGUCCCAAGACCUCAUCUGCCCGCAGCGUCACACCGAUGGCCCGGCCUUGGCUUCUGAUUAUUUGCAGCUGCGAUGGAAGUUUACAGGAACCCAGCCAGAGUUUGCCUCCCUGCACUUCACCCCGGAGCGCACCUGCUUCCCCCACUUCACCUUCAGAGAGGACACUUCAAACUGCGGACACACGCAAAAGCAACUCCCAGCUCCGUUUGAUGUGAGGAGACUGAGGUGUGGGAGAGUAGAGGCGGCAGAACUCCGGUGAGAGACAGUUGUAGCACCACUUGCCCUCAUGCGAUGCUAAAGAAAGAAAAGCUACGAAAUCUGAAAAGAAGACAUUUGAGAGGCUCAAGGAAAAAGGUGAGCGUGAGGAGGGAGACAUUUGCAUGUAGAGAGAGGCCUGAGAGGAAAAAUGACUAUUUGGAAGGUGCGCGGACUUACAAUCCACUGGACGUGGAAUUGCACCAUCAUGCCCUGAUUCCUCUGAGCACUGCUGUACCACCUGACAAAUGGGGUUCAGAGCACUUCCAGCACACUGUGCCUGUGCCUGCAGAGAGGUCCUCCAGAGAAGUCAGGAGUCCAUUCCCUUAUAGGAGUGUGACUAUAAGUAUCACUUAGAUCUGUGACAUGGAGACAGUAAUUUAUCCACACUUACGAUGACUGUGUGUUAACGACAAAAACAUGCGCCUCUGGGUUAAAAGGCUCCACACCAGCACUGCCAGCUUGGCAAGCAGAACCCAGACUGGUUUGCAGCCCCCAUGUUCCCCCUUGACCAGGUGCCUUUGUGCACUGUACAGACUGGCCAACUUCACCUGGCAGCCCUGCCAGAGAGUUUUUUUAAUUUGCUAAAAUAUAAGACUCACCAGGGCAGGAACAUCUUAUUUAUGACUGUGCACUCAGUAUGUAUUUGUAGAAUGAAUAAAGCGAAGUUAAGAUCCACGCAGCCGGGUCUGGAUCCCUCAGACUCUCUUGACACCCACCUCUCACUUGCUGGGGAGAGGAGCAGAGCUUGGGACCCAGGCUGAUCCUGUGGGCACUGGGGCUGGUGAGCUGGAGCUGAACAGGCAGCUCCCACUGCCACCAGGAGUAAGCUAAGCUGUCUUGAAUUGGGGCUUCUGGGCAGACUGUGCCCGAGUGGAAAGCAAUAGUUGUGCUGGCAGCUCGCUGGGUAGAAAGCGGAGCUGCCAAGUCCCUUUCGGGCUCACUGCAGCCAAGGUGGGACUCCAUCUCUGCUAAAAACCAGCUCACUCCCAGGACAGAGCUGUGUCAGAGGCAGAGACAAACAUUCCCCUUGGUACAGCUUUUGGUGCUUCAACCUUUCUCACCCCCAAGCAAUGAAUUUUCCACUGAAUUUUAGGGAGCCACAAAGAAAAAUCCUCUCAUAAAAGAGGACUUGAGUCAAGGUGGGCUCUGGUGUGAGUGUGUGUGUGUGUGUGUGUACGUGCACACGUGCAUGCGACGUGGUGAAAGGAGGGUGGGUAGGAGAGUAGCAACCCUUGUCACACUGGCCAACAAAAUAUGGCAGAAGUGGACUGGGUGUGGUGAUUCACAUCUAUAAUCCCAGCACUUUGGGAGGCUGA